AUGUAUUAUGUUUCAUACUUAUUUUAUUGUCGUUGUUUUUUCUUUCAUUUUUCUUUUUUGUUAAAUUUGCCUUUCAUAUCGUUUUUUUCCCUAAUUUUUUCUUUCGUUCAGUAUACUGUUUUAUUAGCCUCAUAUUUCUUCUACUCGCCUUUUACCCAUAUUUGGUGCCUGCCUGCUUGCAUCUCGCUAUCUGUGCCUGCCUGUGUCUCCAUCUUUGUGCGUGCGUGUGCAUCACUCUCUCUUUCUGUCCGUCUCUGUUUUUUCUGUCUCGCUCCCUCUCUCUAUAAGUUUGCAUUUCUCUUUCUCCGUGCCUUCUCUUUCUGUCUUUUCUGUCUGCAUUUCUGUUUUCUGCGUGUCUGCGUCUCCAUCCUCUCCGUUUCUCUGUAUUCUUCACGUUAUCUAUCUAUCUAUCUAUCUAUCUAUCUAUCUAUCUAUCUAUCUAUCUAUCUAUCUAUCUAUCACAGUAUACUCGUUAUCUAUCUAUCUUAG